AUGCCCUCCACCCUCUCCCUCUGCUGGCUAGCCCUCGCAGCACCAGCCCUCGCCCUUCCCAGCCAUGGCGGACCAGGUAAGGACCAGACCGGUAUCAAGCCCAUCAAAAAGAUCCAACUCGGCCCCCGUCCAUACUGGUUGGUCGACCAAAUGGAGGACUCACCCCUCAAGACGAAGCUCCAAUCCUGUUCUGAGAAGGAAAUGCGCCCAAGUCGCUGGAGCAUCGGCCACCGCGGCGGCGGCACUUUGCAGUUUCCCGAGGAGACGGAGGCGAGUAUCAUCGCUGGUACAAGAAUGGGCGCAGGAAUCAACGAAUGCGACGUAACCUUCACCUCGGACCAACAGCUCAUCUGCCGGCACUCGCAAUGCGACUUGCACACGACCACCAACAUCCUGACGAUCCCUUCGCUGGCCGCCAAGUGUACCGUCCCUUUCACUCCCUACAAUGCCACGACCAAGAAAUCGGCAACAGCCAAGUGCUGCACCUCGGACUUCACCCUCGAGGAACUGACCCAGACCAAGGGGUUGUGCGCAAAGAUGGACUCUUCUGAUUCAAAGGCUACGACACCGGAGGCAUACAAAGGUGGCGUAGCCAGCUACCGCACCACGCUCUACUCUGGCCCAGGCACUUGCCACAAGCUGUUAACGGUGAAGGAGUACAUCGCAAUCGUCGAUGCGCUGGGAUUGGACUUUACCCCGGAGCUGAAGACCCCAGAGGUCAAGAUGCCUUUCGGUUCGGCCAACUAUACGCAGGAGGCCUUUGCCCAGCAGUUGAUCGACGAGUUCAAGCUGGCCAAGAUCAACCCCAAGCGUGUGUGGCCGCAAAGCUUUCUGUAUGACGACGUGUUGUACUGGCUGCGCGCUGAGCCCAAGUUCGGGAAGCAGGCUGUGUUGCUCGACGAGUCGGGUGAUGCGCCGAGCACCAUCUCUACUGCCACCGCUUCUUUGACAAAGUACGCCAAGGACGGUGUCAAGAUCGUGGCUCCUCCCCUCCAGUAUCUGGUGUCGACUGUCACCGGCAAGGACGGCACGGUCAAGGUUGUUGCGAGCGAGUACGCCAAGCAGGCAAAAAAGCUUGGGUUGAAGGUCAUCAGCUGGAGCUUGGAGCGGUCGGGGUGGCUGGCGGAUAGCACCAAGGGCGGGUAUUAUUACUCGACGAUCGCGAAUGCCACAGCGGCGAGGGGAGAGGGUGUCGUGUUUGAGUUGCUGGAUGUGCUCGCGAGCAGAGAGGUCGGCGCGAUUGGUGUCUUCAGUGACUGGAGCGCAACGGUUAGUUACUAUGCGAACUGCUUUGGGCUGUUUCCUUGA